UGGCUAGAAAGAUGGUGCUUAAGGGACACGGAAACUUCGGUGGCGUCUAGUGAGAGGAAAGUAAGGAGGAGUGCGCUGGUGGGGCCGUGCAUGAACUUGAGUGCAGCAGUAAGUGGUAGGAUCAUGCAGUGGCUGGUCAUGUGGUGCCAGGUCUUGCUCCUCGCAGAGGGCAUGCACCUGAUGCCCCAGUACUACGAGCCCUCAACUGAAGUGAACUGCAUCGAAUAUGCAACAUCAAAUCAAAAUAGGAUUGGUAGAAUUCUCAAAGAAGGAUGGCAUGCCCAGAAACCCAACCCUAGGAAGAUUAUCCAGAAACGUUCCGUCACCAUACCUGUCCAGUUUUCCCUCACUACGGAGCCAAUGUCGCGACGAAUGGAUGACAUUAUCAGCAACAUAAUACCGAGAGGCGCUCAUUUGCUUAAAGAACAUGCAAAAUUAGUUCAAGAUAUAAACAGCCUUCGUCAAGUAGUCUUCAUAUCGCCAUUCAUAGAAGAGUCAAAGGAUUACGACGAUUCCAUCUUUCAUGAGAUAAUUGAGACUUCACCGACUUCAACAAACAGACCGUCAUCGUUUAAGCCAUUUGUAAGCACCACACGGCCUCCUAUAAGUUCGACAAGACCACCAAUGAGUUCGACAAAAGGAAGUUCGAUUCCAAUCAUACUACUGGGUGGCGCGAGUCAACGGCAAGUGGUGAAGAGUCAACCAAUUACAUUUUUGAAACCGACCGUUAGCUUAGUCGGGACUACCAUCUCUCCUCUGGUCAAACAUCCGUACCCGUUCGUGAAUCCACAACGGAAGCCGAUGAAGAUCUGUAUGACUUCGCUACCUGCGAUGUUUACUACAACGAGGCGUCCACCUACUUUCUGGGACAAACUCAUAGAUUAUUUCAUACCCACCCGAACAAUAGGGAGAUAGGUGGAGUAGAUAGGUCAUAAUUUAAAUGCUUUUUAUACAUCUUAUUCAAUAAGUAGUGAUAUUAAUUUAAUGCUAAUCUGUUGCUUGUAUGUGGCAUGU